UAAUAAAUCGAAAUCAAAUCGAGGAACUUCAUAAUAAGCGAGGAGCACUUCUUCUCGAUCUCUCCUUGGUGCUCGGGAGAGAGAGAGAGAGAGAGAGAGAGAUCAUUUUCUUGUUGAAGACUGAGGAGAAAGAGAGAAAAGGAAGAAAUCUGCACAAAUUAUAUUGGAUCGAUAUCUUCUCAUUGGUUGAAUAUAUAAGAGGGGAAGAAAAAAGAAUGGAUGAUGUAUGUGGUUUACAAGAGGCAGCUGGAGCCAGAUUUAGCCAGGUUGAGUUGAUCGGCAGAGGUUCCUUUGGUGACGUCUACAAAGCGUUUGAUUCGGACCUUAACAAAGAAGUUGCCAUUAAAGUUAUUGAUCUUGAAGAAUCAGAAGAUGAGAUUGAAGAUAUUCAGAAGGAAAUUUCAGUGUUGUCACAAUGCCGUUGCCCAUAUAUCACCGAAUACUAUGGUUCUUACCUCCACCAGACCAAAUUAUGGAUCAUCAUGGAGUAUAUGGCUGGUGGCUCAGUUGCUGACCUGCUACAACCAGGUCAUCCGUUGGAUGAAAUUUCAAUUGCUUGUAUUACGCGAGAUCUACUUCAUGCUGUUGAAUAUCUCCACACUGAAGGAAAGAUCCACAGAGAUAUCAAAGCCGCAAAUAUUUUGUUGUCCGAGAAUGGUGAUGUUAAGGUUGCGGAUUUUGGUGUAUCUGCACAAUUAACCCGGACAAUUUCAAGAAGAAAGACAUUUGUAGGAACACCAUUUUGGAUGGCACCGGAAGUUAUUCAGAAUUCAGAAGGGUAUAACGAGAAGGCAGAUAUAUGGUCGCUCGGAAUCACAAUGAUUGAGAUGGCAAAAGGAGAACCUCCCCUUGCUGACCUUCAUCCUAUGAGAGUGCUUUUUAUCAUUCCCCGGGAAAGCCCUCCUCAGUUAGAUGAACACUUUUCACGUCCUUUGAAGGAAUUUGUUUCAUUAUGCUUGAAAAAGGCUCCUGCUGAGAGACCAAGUGCCAAAGAACUUCUCAAACAUAGAUUUAUUAAGAGUGCUAGGAAAAGCCCGAAACUUCUCGACAGAAUAAGAGAGCGACCAAAAUACCAAUUAAAAGAGGACGAAGAGACUCCAACAAGUGGUCCGAAAUCUCCAGCUGAUUCAUCUGGGACUGUUAGAGUGGCUAGAGAUGACAGAGGCCAUGGAACUAGGUUGGAUAAAUGUUCUACUCUUUGGAUUUCUUCUCCCUUUCUUGUUAUGACAAUGUUAAGAACUUGUCGUUACAGUUUUCAGGGAAGAACUAUCAAAAAUGCCGGGUGGGAUUUUAGCAUUGGGGGUUCUCAGGGUGCUGGAACUAUUAGAGCUUUAAAACCUCCACAAUCUAGGGAAAGACGCCAAGAAGUUACUUCUGAUCAGAGUUUUCAAAAAUCAUCACGAGCCAGUAGUGGUAGUCAAUUGUCUUCCACUUCUGGUCCUACAGUCCCCGAAAGCUCUGGAGGAGGUUUUGUUAAAAGAGAUUCUUAUCAGAAUGACUUCCAAGAAGAGGAUGAUUCAUCACUCAGUGGUUCUGGAACUGUUGUCAUCAGAUCUCCCAGAAGCUCUCAAUCAUCUUCAGUAUUUCGUGAUCUAAGCUCUGGGUCUACCAGCAGGUAUACGUCUUUUGAUGAUGCUUCUACAAGUGGAACUGUUGUUGUCCGUGGACAGAAUGAUGAUUCUGGAUCACCUCGAACACCAAAAUCUAGACUAGGUCUUCAAGAAAGAAGUUCCAGUGCCUCUGAAGAUAGCAUAGCAAAUCUUGCAGAGGCGAAGGUAGCACUUGAAGCAGGUUUCAGAAGGGGCAAUGCUAGAGAAAGACUAGGUAAUGGGAAGGUUAACAAAAGAAGGGAACAAGCAAAAGAUAGUUCUGAUCAUUUGAGAAGUUCUCGCGAUGAUUCUGAUAAACAAAAACCACUCAUAAGAUCACAACAAGUGAGUGAUGAUGAAGAUGAGUCUGAAUUGGCGUCAUUAUCUGCAUCAUUGUCACUAUUGCUCUUGCCAUCCCUGAAAGAGGCUGUUGGGGGUGACACUUCGAAAGGAUCAGUUGGACAUAGAGUUUCGAGAGCCUUAGUGAAGAUGGAACGCGAAAAGGCUGGUUCUUCUGAAGCUUUUAUCGCCAAACUGAUUGAACAGUUGGGAAGUUCAAAGGAAGUGUCAGUGAAAGAAGUGCAAGACAUGGCGAUCCGUGUGUUCGGUAAGACAGUGAACAAUGACGCAGAAAACAAAAUAAAGCAAGCUAGCAAAGAGUUCACUUCCAAUACCAACGUUAGCCCACUUGGAAGAUUUUUAUUCUCAAGAUGGCUAGGCCAAACAUCACGUGAUCUUAACCCAAGUUGAGACAUGGAGAGAACAUAAGGCUGGUGUUUGUGUUUGUGUGUCUUGACAUUGGUUGAUGCAUUGAAUUUUGGUACUUAUGUGUAUAAUUAAUUUGUUCAGCAGAAGAUGGGUGUAUUUAUGAAUUUUAAGUUUCUUUUUAUUGGGAUCUUUAAUUUUUAUCUUUA